GUCCUGCACGAAUGGAGACGGACGACACCCAGGCGCUGGAGGAGGAAGAGACGCCGGCAGAUGCCACCGCAGCGUCGACCGAUGCAUCUACACGUCCCAAAAAAUUCAAGGCUUGGCCGCUGGACUUCGACGUCAAUGCGUACCGGGCUCUGAAGCCUGGCAAAGAGCGCAAAGCUUACUUAAUGAGCUUCGGCACGAAACAUGGGUUCUACAUACCACAGGCCACCACAUCAACGACCAUCCGUCGUCCGAAGAAAAAGCCAGGUAGAAAGAGGACUAAAGAGCGGAAGAAGCUAGUGCCGCAGAAUUUCGCCUGGCCCGAGGGCAUGAACCAGCAGGAGUUUCUGGCUAAGAAGCCGGGCAAAGAACGCAUGAGCUACCUGGCCACGUAUAUCAGAAAGAAUGGCAUCGAGCUGAAAGAAACUCCUGCCCGACCACGUGUACCAAUCGGUCGUCAGCCGGAGCAGCGGGCACAUCCUCGCUGCGGAUGCCUUAGCUCCGAGGCGUGCGCUUCUUGCAGUAGAUGCAUGGAGCUCCACUGUGUUUGUGGAUUGACCGGACGUCGGCGUCGUGCGUUAUGUCAGGAGUCUCGAGCGUGUAAUUGCUCUCUGGUGGACCUUGCAGCGCGUUGCAAGCUCUGUCAUGGAUGUCGACAGCCACGCGGUUUCAGUCAUUGUCGCUGUGUCCUGCACCAGCGGCUUUUGUGGAUAAAGAGACACCCGGAGCUUGGAGUGGAGCUAACAGAGGAAGAAGAGGAGCAAGUGUGCAAGUGUUUUAUGCUUGCGCAUCGACAUGGCGGAGCUGCUGCUACAAAGGACAAAGAGUCGAAAGCUUUGACAGAACUGGAGCGUGUGCGACGGAUAAAGAGGGCUACAGGUUAUCCGUCAAGUGAUAACAUUUAUCGCAGUAACAAGGUCACUGCUUUUCUAGGCGAUGAAGGACUGGAAAGCGACUUGGACGACGGUGUGGACGAUGGACCAGGCUCAGAAGUGCUCCCGCCCAGCACUGACAGCGUCAUCCCACGGUCGAUGACCAGAAGGAUGCUUGAUCCCGAAUUCAAUCCAGCAUCAUACCACCCUGUGUUUCGGUGGAUUCGAAGCGCAAUUGCUAUACCCGCCUUCGUGCUAACUGGCAAUACUGAAACACAGUCAAGUACUGGUGAUGAGCACUCAAGAGGAACGUCUAGAAGUCCCAACGAAGAGCUUCAGAGCGAUAGAGAGGAGACAGAACGGUCGACCCAUCAGAUUCGACUGUCAGUCAAGGCAAAUCCUGUACAUGGAAAUCCUGAGUACAAGUUGCGCUUCGUGGCAAGGCUUAAAGACGGACAUCAUGUCGAUACUUCUGUUGGUGGAUUGGACAGCAAAGUGAAAGCGGAGACGACGAUUUCACGACUCUCCAAGGUCGUAAAGCGUCAGGAGCGACGGAGUAAGGGAACAUUGAAAGGCCCCCCGGUACCUCCUGGACCCCCUCCAACCCCUCGUCCCUUACCACCGCAGGACCCGAACGACCCUUACGCAACAAUGUUUGAGCACGUGUGGGAUUAUUUUAACGCCUGUACUCGACAUAAGUGGGAGAUGUCCAUGGACAACUAUCUGAGCGCAACGUUGCCAGGGUGGAAGGCUCCUAGCCAAAUGGCUGCAACGAAGCGUGAAAGAACAGACUCACCGCAAAGGAAGCAGAAGAAGCGCAAAGUUGCUUCUCAAUAGACCAAGAACAAUGU